AUGGCCGAGCGCCCAGGCUACCCCGCUGGCCGCCCACCUGCAUAUGAUGGACAUUGCCCUGACUGUAACCGUCCGGGACAUUACGCCGAAGAUCCCCACUGCUUCGUGAGACUUAUCCGGCAGUGUUUGGACCGCCAUUACCAGGGAGAACUCGCACGUGGGGAGGACUUCAAUCGCCGUCUCAUCGCGAGUAGUUCAUCGACUGCUUUGGGAGCCUCUACCGCCGAGGCCGGCGACGCCCGCUCCUCCCGUGAACGAUCGCGCUCCCCGCUGAACCAACCCCGUCAUGGAGGGUCCUUUCGUGAGCGCUCACGCUCUCCGCCAAGUCAGUCUACACGCCUCGAGCACUUGACCGGCCUCUAUGGCUCUCGUGGAAGUUUGUAUGGGUAUGAAUACGACAUACCCCCCGACCUAUUUGCGGCGGCCGUCAUGGGCUCCCCUCGCGCCCUUUAUGCUCACUUUGGAGGUAUCACGGAGCCGCUGUCAAGAUCUAGCCCUCAGCGUGCCAACGGCCACGUAACAAGCUCCGCCGCAGACUCUUCUGUUAACGGUGCUUCUCACACCGGCCCUCUCGGCCCUGGUCCUUCCACCGGGGACAACCAAGAGGGCCACGAAGUGGAUAUGUGGUGAUUUGUUAGGAAUUUGACCGCUUGAGCUCAGGCUUGAGCGCUUAGCGCACCUCGACUGAGAAUACGGAGACCUUGAAGAUGAAAGGAUCUAGGCCUGGACAUCGGUCAUCGAGCGAUCAGCUCUAAGGUUUUCUUUGUCUGAUCUGGCUCUCCAUGAAAUCACUUUGCUUUUAUUCCCUACUCUGUUCGUUCCCAUUCAUGUUUCACUAUCCCCCCGAGAAGUGGGAAGAAAUUGGUCAGCGAAUAUGUGCAUAGUCUACCUAUCUAACCAUUGAUGAUUGGUGGACUGCAGUAUAACUUGUAUAACAAAGCCUCGCUGGGAAGCUGACUCUGUGGCAAGGCAGAAUCUUUUAUUAAUUCGCCCAACCAGCACACAGUCCCUUUAUCUGCACCAUUGUUGUCAAAAGUGCUCAAGGCCUGCUUUUUAUGCGAUCUAGACCACCGCAGCUGUACCCGUAU